AUGGCCGCUGUAAAUCUUCAAAUGAUGGCCGCCAACUUGCCCUUCGACUCCUUCAUCCCUAACCACCACCCUCACUCUCGCUCAAAUUCCAUAUCCUCUUCCUCCUCGCACUCGACCAGUUCGCGCCCGCAGUCUUCCCAGGGUCUCCCCUUUAUGCGGAAUCCGGCAGUCAUGCCCCCCUCAGCCGAUGAUUUAUACCGUGCGUCCCUUCCCCCGUCUUACGCUUCAGCAACCCAUGGUAAUCAUCACCCAUCCCGCCACCUGGCUGAUUCACCACACUAUCCUGUCUGGCACACCCAACCUUCACCUCUAGGCGACUCUCCCCCGAACCACAACCUGUCGAACCCUGCUCUCAAGAGCCAUUUCAGGCAAACCCACAUCAGGGCCCGCGUAGCUGCGUCUCCCUACCCGCGCGAUACCGAGAGCGUGCAUUCAUCAUCGAGUGAGACCGAGGACAUCGCGAUGUACCUUGGCCCCACGGCGACCGACUACAAUACCAUGUACGCUUCGCCUCAGAUGCUUGGCGGCAGCCCCGACUCGAUGCACGCUGCCGGGGCCUUCGGGCGAAUGAACCUUGGCGCCGACCACGCUCUCGAGAAGCUCGCCGCUAAUGUUAGGGCCGCGACCACGACGAGUGCAUCAGAUAGGGCGAAGCAGAUAUUCGUUCAGGCGUGGCUCACUGCCAACUACGCUCCUUACCCCGACGGAAAUGUCCCCCGCCAGGGACUUUACUUUUCCUAUCGCCGUGUCUGCGACCAGUACGGCAUCCCUCACAUCAACACCGCCACCCUGGGCAAGGCCAUCAGGCUCUGUUUUCCUACGAUCAAAACAAGACGUCUUGGUGUCAGGGGAAACAGCAAGUAUCACUAUUGUGGUAUCCGGCCUGCCACAUCCACAGAGGCCGAGUUCCUGCAAGACUACAUUCGCAAAUCAAAUAACAACGCUGCGCAGCAAUCGGUCAAUGCGGCGCGUCUCGCAAGCGAACAGGCCGAGGCGGGCAAGGGAUCUGAUGACGAAGAUGAUGACGAGGCAUCUGAUGGUCCAAGCUCGGCGAACGCGUCCAAGCGCAAUUCGCUGAACCUCACCAACGGCGCGAAGCAGCAAGCAGUCGUCUUCGCUGACGAGAAGACUCCAACCGCCGCGACCCUCCUCUCCCAAGCGCAAGCAUCGCAGCGACCACCGUCCAGCUCGUUCCCCAGUCAGGCACCGAUCCGGCGCCACCCAGGCCCAAAUGAUGGCCCUCUCGGAGUGCCAUCACAGUCACCCUCCGAAGGGGCUGUUGCUCUCCCAAUGAUGUCUGCGACGCAUGUCAUCAGCGUGCGACAUAUGCCACAUUUCCCGAACAUUGAGGAAGCGUUAGGCACUUCGACGUCGCCCCAGGGUAUCGCGGCCCGCGAGGUGUGGUCGUGGUUCCAAGACCACUUGGAUGCCCUCCUCGAGAGCAUCCGCACGUACCGCUUCGACCAGUUCGAGAUGCACGUCCGGACGUUCUGGUCGAGCCUCACAGGUGCGCACCGGGAGGUCGUGCACGCUCCUGCUGUCGCGGGACUGAUGGCCAAAGCGGACGCCAUCGUGUAUGACGAAGUUUUGGAGUUUUUGCGCUCGCAGAUGCUCUCGCCGAUCUCGGCUACCACCCUCGGGGGGUUGCGCCAGCUUGCGGACAAGAUGGAAAAGAUUUUACUCGUGGCGCUCGAGAGCUACGGAAACACGUUCGUUGAGCCUAAGGUUGAGCUUGGAGCCCGCUUCGGGCAUCUUGUUUUGCGCUUCCUUGAUAUGUAUCAAGUAACGCAGGCGCUGAGCACCGUUCUCACGAACCCGAAGCAGCUAGUCGAGAUGAAGAAGUCAUGGCAGAAGAUCGACUUCGACUCGGUUCGGAAUCAAUCAGCGCUGGUCUGCAACUGCAGGCACGAAGAGCUUUCGCAUUUGCUCGAGGUAGAGUUUGUGAAUUUGCUAGAUGGGAUGUCGAAGAGCACAGAUCCUGUGCGGGACGUGAUGGCGUGGGCAGACAAGUGCUGCGACAAAUUGAUGGGAGGGCGCGGGGAGGAGCGAGUGACGAUGAGCUCACGGAGCGUGCUGAUUCGCUGGGGCUACGUGACCAGCCAGGUCAUGCGCGACUUGACAAUUCGCAGUGACCCCGCGUUCGGCGCAUUCCAAAUUCUGAAGCUGUUCUUGGAUGACUGGAUCGCACUAAACGUUCUGCGUAACGUCGCACUGUCGACAAACUCUGUCGCAGCAUCCGUGGAGCCCAUGAUGCAGCAACAGUUUUUCACUCUGUCGCCGAUGGCCGGCCAGGAAAGUUUCGGCAACCCGCUAGACGUCCGGCCGGGCAUGAUGGCGCAUACCCCCACAACAUCGAGUAUGCUCGCCGCACUGCAGGCGGACACGUUCGGCUCGCUGGACCCGAACUCGGGCUCAUUUGGCGGCGACGCGUUUUCCUCCAUGACCUUUGUCGACCCGACGGGGACCCCGGACGACUCCUCAGCAUUCGGCUCGAGCCUCGCGUUCUCGGACUACGUGUCUGGGGCAUCUGGAUUUGACGUUUCAGGAUUCGCGCAUCCAGAGUUGGGUAUAGGCGCGUCUGGUACGCCGCCUUCGUCUAGCGAGCCGGACAGUGAACCGGAGACAAAAUCGGAACCGGGACACUAG